AUGUCAAAACCUGUCCUUAGUGACCGACUAGCAAGAUGGUACCUCCAAUUCCAACAAUUUGAGAUUGUGUACAUCCCUCAAAAAUCCGUGAAGGGACAAGCACUAGCGGAUUUCUUAGCAGACCAUCCUAUACCAAAUGAUUGGGAGUUAACUGAUGAGUUUCCUGAUGAAGAUGCAAUGUUAAUUGAAGUUCAACCUCCUUGGAAAAUGUACUUUGACGGGGCUGCACAUCGCGGCGGAGCUGGUGCUGGUGUGGUGUUCAUCACUUCACAAGAAGAGAUUCUACCAUUCUCUUUUACUCUAAAACAAUGUUGCUCCAAUAAUGUCGCUGAAUAUCAAGCACUGAUACUUGGACUUGAAAUGGCCGUUGACAUGAAACAAUUACAUUUAGAGGUCUUUGGUGACUCUCAAUUGGUGAUUAAUCAACUCUUAGGAAGUUAUGAGGUAAAAAAGCCUGAAUUGCGACCUUAUCAUGAUUAUGCUCAAAAGUUGAUAAGAUGGCUUCGAGAUGUAACCCUUCAACAUGUGCGUCGAACAGAGAAUAAGAAAGCUGAUGCAUUGGCUACUUUAGCUUCAACGCUAACCCUUCCUGAUCAAACGCAAGUAACUGUCUGUCAAAAAUGGAUAGUACCACCGUCAAAUGAGGAAGAAUAUAUCGAAAAUAAGCUUGAUCAUAUCGUCGCCAUUGUUGAAGCUGCGAAGGAAGAUUGGAGACAACCCAUCAUUGACUACCUAUGUUAUGGGAUACUUCCAGAAAAUCCAAGAAGAAGAACUAAUAUACGUCGUCGUGCACCUCGUUUCCUUUACUACAAGGAUACAUCAUAUAGAAGAUCAUUUGAGGGUAUGUUAUUACGAUGUUUGGGAGAGGAAGAAGCGAUUCAAGCUCUGCAAGAAGCAUACUUAGGAGUAUGUGGAUCACAUCAAUCUGGACCAAAACUUCAUUUUCACAUAAAGAGGAUGGGGACUAUUACCAAAGUCUUCAAAGAGAAUGUUGCAAAUUUUAUCCGAGUAAAUAUUAUGUAUCGCUUUGGCAUCCCUCGAUAUAUAAUAACAGACAAUGGCAAACCAUUUGAUAACAAGCUAAUGAACAAGAUUUGUGAUCUUUUUGACUUUAAGCAGCAUAAAUCUUCUAUGUACCAUGCUGCUGCUAAUGGUCUUGCUGAAGCAUUCAAUAAGACUCUAUGCAACCUGCUCAAGAAAGUUGUCUCCAAAUCCAAACGGGAUUGGCAUGAAAGAAUGGAAGAAGCUUUGUGGGCAUAUAGGACAACAUAUCGCACACCAACUCAAGCAACACCAUAUUCACUUGCUUUAAGAGUUGAAGCAGUCCUGCCACUCGAGCAUCAAAUACCCUCCUUAAGACUUGCUAUUCAAUAA